CAAUAAGACUUUUUUGUCAGAGAAUAUACACUAACUUGAAUUAAGUUUUUAUUUUUAUUACCCCACUGACAAAUAGUUUGUUUCUUGUUUUAAGCAUAAACCUCAAUAAAUUGUGUUAAAUUAUAGCAUAAAACAAGAAUCAACUAUUUUCCAAUAGGGUAAGAAAAAUAAACUAAUUCAAAAUAUAUUCCUUGAAUUUUGCUUCUCAAGUAAAUGUAUCUUGUUUAAAGGACGUUUAGAUAUUUUUUCAGGAAAACAAGACAAAAUCACUGAUGAAGAAAAUUAUUUUUAUUUUAUUUUUUGCAAUUUGAAAGGGAUAAUCUACAGUCAGUCCCUGAAGGGGUUAUUUUGUAAUAAGGACCAUUUGACUGCUCAUUAUGCCGCUUAUUACAUAGCUACUUACCAAAUAAAUGAUUAAAUGGACAUGAAAUAUUGAUUUGAGUUUAAAUUAUUGUAUUACAGUAGCUUAAACAUCGCAGAGUGAUUUGAGUAGUAAGAAAGAUGGAGGCUUUCUACCCGGAUGACUGGUGAAAAAUAACUUUUUCCCUGGAUGUGUGGUAAUUAUUCUAAGAUAUCCAACCACUGGAGGGUGCGACUGACCAAUCAGAAUUGAGUAUUCCAGAGAAUUGUGUAAUGAAAAUAAAAAGUAAUUCAUUUAGAAAUAGUUUCAAGUGUCUGUGAUUACCACACAAAACUACAAUCUGAAAUAGAAAGAGAAAGAUAGAUAGCUUGUGUGAAACCCUGGCAAGAAAGGAUGAGUAGAGCUUGGAACAAUCACAUACACACACACAACCACACUCUUCCUGAAGGCUCCCUGCUUGGUUUGGUGCAGAGCUUGUUAUUCAUGCUAAUGGAGGCUAACAGCAUGAAGAUCUGUUGUGAUUAAACCUGAAACAGGCAUCCUGACAAUUUGUCAGGAUUGGCCAGUCCCAGAUUCCUGCAAAUCCUUGCAAAGGUUUCUGGGGUUUGCCAAUUUUUAUUGCCGUUUCAUUCAAAACUACAGCCAGCUCGCCACGCCUCUGACGGAUCUCACCUCCACCCGUACUGAGUUUUGUUGGUACCUGCGGGCUGAAGCUCGUACUUUACACGAGAACAUUAAUUAUGCAGGUCUUAUGCAAUUACUACCAGGAUUAUUGCCAUAAAGGUUACGAUUGUGUGUGACUGUAUAUGGAAUGAAAGCCUGUUACCUUCAGCAUGAGGAGCACAACAAUCUCCAUACUAAAUCUGGUUACACUGAUCCUACACUGUAACGGAUUUUUGUAAUUUGAACAGUAUUUUACUGUAAAACGUGUACACAGUAUAUUACUGUAAAUAACAAAGGAUUAUGGGAAAAAUAUGGUCACUACUGUAAUCCUUCUCUACUGUAAAUCCACUUACAGUAGUGAACCUGCCCGUGAAAAAGUGACCAAUGGCAAGAGAGAUUUCUUUUCAAGUUUUUUUAAAUGUUUCGUGGAAGUGGCAGUAUAAGGACAAAAGAGAAAAGAUGUACCGGUAACUCAACAAAAAGGUUAGUAUUUUAUUUCUAUUAUUAUUUUAUGUAAAACUGAGACAUUUUCAGAUGUAUUCACUUGUCAAAUUGACUUGCUUUUUUCCCACUGACAAAAGAUAACAAUUAACUGUUAAACUGUGUAUUUAACAGUAUUUUCAUAUUUUUUCAGUGCAUCUUUUGUUUUUUAUUUUCAAGUUUGUGGUCUGGAUCGUGUCGUUUUUGACGUCGGAAGUGAAUUUUGGAGACUUUUUCUGGCUGUUGGCCGGGGGUGGUCGGUGAUUGCCAUAUUAACAUCAGCUGGAGACUCUGUUCUUCAAGCAAAAACAUGGAUGCUGACUAUAGAGGGCAGAUUCAUCAUCCAGCCGCAAGAGCUAAUGGAUUUUUCAUCAGCAUUAGCUGUCCUGUUUGGCUGCUACUAUGUAUUCAAAGUGCAGUACCAGGAAGAGGCGGCCAGUGGAAAAUUUAAAUGUUGACAUUUUGUCCAAAUGAGUGUUUCAGCAUUAGGUAACCCAAAAUACAUUUUGUUGUAAUGGAUGGAUCUUCAAUUAUUUGAAUGUGAUGGAUUAUCAACUAAUUAUGUACCUUCCCUUUAGGUGCAUUCAGAUGUAGUACAUAGUAUAUAUUGCUUUUAUUAACAUCAAAGUGCAUACAGCACAAAGUUAUGACAGUUGGGGAAACACUGGUUUGAGAAAUAAUGUAUUUUUUCUUGUGCUUGCAGGUUCAUUCCGAGAAAAAUCCCUGAUGGCACCAAAUGCCAAUCAAAGUCACAGAUCAGCCAGAAAUUUGGAGCCUGAAUCCCCUCCUGGUGUCGACUUUGAUUGGCAAAAUUACUGAAAUCAGGCUUUGCAUCGGAGGAAGGAGAUAAGGGAAUGGGGAGGAGUGCUAAUCUAACACAAGAGCGACACAGUGAGCAGACAACAUCAGCUAGCACGACGGAUCUCAGGAACACAGAAAUGCCCACAACACUGUCUGAGGACUGGCUGACAGACUUUACCCAAGAAUCUCCACUCCCGGACUGCAAUGCAGAACAUUCUGGAAUCUGCAGUGACACAUGGCCCACCACUGUUCUGAGCAAUAUCAGCAGCAUAAAUGACAGCACAACCACCAUCUCCACUAACCUCUCUCAGAGCCCCAUACCGUUUGCAGCCCCACAUAUGUUUGUGGCACUCUAUUCUGAUUGGAACAGUGCCCUGGCAACAUGGGGUUCAGCGUGGGAAGUGCACAUUUAUGGACUGGGCACUGUGUUCUGUCUAGUUGCCUUGGCCUCCACCCUGAACCUUCUCUGCCUGCCCCUACAGUACCCAUCAGGCUGUGGCUAUUUCACUCUGGUCAGCCUCUGCCUGGUAGCUGCUGGCUGCACAAGGGCCUUUGCCCUUGUCUACGACUCCUACGGUUACCAGGAUCGCUUGGCAUCCACUGAGGCCUCUCUGUUACUUUAUGAGGCACCAUUCCCCUGCAUGACAGCCGCCUUUGGCCUAGUGUUCCUGCUUCUGUCAAUGCGCUCCCGUAUGCAGCUUUCCUAUUCAGCCUUUCAAAGACCCUGCUUUCUAGCCUGCUUGGUGCUUCUGCACUUUGCUGCUGCAUUUGGCCCUGUUGCAUUACUCCAUGCUGACCAACAAGGGACAUCACUAUACCUGUAUCUGUCCUUGAUUUCCCGCGGUGCCUUUGUGGGUUUGGCGACUUUCCUGUCCACUGCAUAUUUCGUGUUCUACUGCUACGUUCGUGCUGACUCCAAGCAUAUUUAUCAUCUGAACAACACAUCGCCAACACCAGCUGAACGCUACAACUGUUGCCCAUUUGCGGAGAGCCGAGAUUGGGACCGUGCAGCAGCUGCGGUGCUACUCUCAGCUGUCUUCUCCCUGGCUUGCGCAGGGCUGCAGCUCUACGCCAUGCUGCACACCCUUGGUCUUGCUGGGAGCAUUGAGGCCUUUCGGCCUUGGCCGUGGUGGACUUUUCAGUUCAAUUGCAGAGUGUGUGAGGCUGUAGUCUGCAUCACAUUAGUACUGGUAGUUGCUCAGCCAGUCUACUGCUCCGAUCACCUUCCCCAACUAGGCUGGACCGAACUUCUUGCAGCAAAGUCACCUAUUAUUCCUGGGAGCUACCAAUGGACUCUAUCCCAGCAGGAGAAGCUGGCCAUCUGUGAUCCAAUUGGGCAUGGAGAAACAGAGUGCUUGCCCUUGUACACACUGGUGGAUGAUCGUCUAGGCAGCUUGAAUGGCCUUGACCUUCUAUACAAUAGUAACCAGGCAUUGGCCUAUCGGGACCUUGACCUAGACCUUCCCAACAAUCAACCCAACACUAGUGCCCCCUCUGUGGGAUCAUCCUGUGCCAGUGACUCCACAGCAGAUCUGCACCCUCCAUCACCAAUUAAUCUGCGUCGAAGCAUCGAUGAGGCACUUUUUAGUGAGUCUCUUUUCCCCAUGAGUCUCUUCAGCCCCUUACGGCCCUUCACCUAUAGUGACCAUUCCCUGGACGGUAGGGAGACCAGCUCCAGCAGUGCUCAAACCCUCAGAGACACCCAUACGCUUGAUCCAGGCCUAUACAGAACAUCCUCCUGUGUGGACGUGCUACCCCAGGUCCCGCUCCCUUCUCAAGCCCAACAGGAUGGACCUCCGUUGAGUUUUCCUCCAUCCCCAUCUCCCUCCGUGUCAUCCUCAAUAUGUUGCUCUACUCCAGAGCACUGGCGAGGCAGUUCUAGUUACAAUUCCCUCUACAGGCAGUCUCUGGCUGGCUCCUCGCUAGUUUUGUGCUCUAGUCCAGAGGGACACAAUCCGUCACCCUCUACCCUAAGUGGUGCCUCAAACCACUCUGCCACAUCUGGCCACCAAGGGGGCAGCUUACAGAGACCCUACAGAACAUUAAUCUCACAGGAAAGUCUGGACCAGCAGUUUGACCAGUCUGUCCAAGAAGAGUUUAUCAGUGUGUGCAGACAGAUUGAUGCUCUUAGCAUCUGCAGUGAGACUAUUGACCUCUAGAGCGAGACACAAAAUAAUGAAAUGACAGAAGCCAAAAGACUGUCUGUGAUUUUAUCAUAAGCAAGUAAUGGACAUAUCAGGUGAUUUGAUUUGUGUUUGCCAAUGUGCUAAAACAGCUUUAUCAGUGUGUGUAGACAUAUUGAUGCUUUUAGCAUCUGCAGUGAGACUACUGACCUCUAGAGGGAGACUUCUACAUUCAGACACAAAGUAAUGAAAUGACAGAAGCCAAAAGACUGACUGUGAUUUUAUGAUCAGCAAGUAAUGGAUAGAUCGUGUUAUUUGAUGAGUGUUUGCCAAUGUGCCAAAACAGCUUUGCUCUGUAUUAAAUGAAAACAUACAGGCAAAUAUGUUGAGGCAAGUCCCCCAAAGAGAUGGAUUCUGAAGCUUCCCUGUAUAAGGAUUAAGUGUCGCCGACUUCCAGAAGCUGAGGCAGAUUUUGUUCAAAAGUUCUCAAUAAUAUUUGGUAAACAAAUUUGUAAUUGUAAAGCAUUUGUUUCAAAUUUUCUCUACAAUGCUAAGUGACAUUUGUAUACAUUUGUACAAAAUCCCUUUUUUGUCUAAACGAUUAAUACUGUGAGAUUGAGA